AGCCGCUGGCCCGCGAGGCACCCAUGGGUUCGCUGGUGGCCAAGCUCCUUCUGCCCACCAUCAGCACCUUGGUCUUCCUCCCCACCAUCAGCAUCGCGGCCAAGCGGCGCUUCCACAUGGAAGCCAUGGUCUACUUCUUCACCAUGUUCUUCGUGGCGAUUUACCAUGCAUGCGAUGGCCCCGGCUUAUCAGUGCUAUGCUUCAUGCGCUACGAUAUCCUGGAGUAUUUCAGCAUCUAUGGAACAGCUCUGUCCAUCUGGGUGUCCCUGAUGGCCCUGGCAGAGUUCGAUGAGCCGAAAAGAUCGACCUUCGUCAUGUUUGGCGUCCUCACCAUCGCUGUGAGGAUCUACCACGACCGCUGGGGCUACGGCGUCUACUCGGGACCCAUUGGGACGGCCGUCCUGGUGAUAACCGUGAAAUGGCUACAAAAGAUGAAAGAGAAGAAAGGGCUCUAUCCGGACAAGAGUGUCUACACCCAACAGAUCGGUCCUGGCUUCUGUUUUGGGGCGUUAGCACUGAUGCUGAGGUUCUUCUUUGAGGAGUGGGAUUACACCUACCUGCACAAC